UUUGUAACCUUUUGGCUACUAAUAGACAUUACGUGGUUUUUAUCAUUUUUCAGUGUCUAGUCAUCAGAUAUAUAAACAGAGGAGGGUGAUCAUGUGUAUUUUAGCCUAAUGUCUCACACAGGGGACAAAUCAUUCGACAAGACUUAAAACAGUAUUCAAAAACACAAUAUUGAAAUGGAUUCCGAGACGAAAAAGAUUUUGACUAGAGUGUCGAUCGACUUCCUUUGCCUAGUCGCUGUUGGUGUACCUAGUUUAUAUCUUCAUCUAUUUGCCCAACCUUAUCAAAGAGGAUUCUUUUGUGAUGAUAUGAGCAUUAGGUAUCCGUUUAAGCAAUCAACAGUAUCGACUGUUGUAUUAUACUUUAUUGGACUUGGUCUUCCAAUUAUUGUGAUGAUUUUGUUGGAAGUGCUACUUGUGCAUAGAAGAAAGAAUGCUUGGUCUCCCACUUUUAUAUUUGGGAAAAGAAUUCCCGUAUGGGUGAUAAAUAGUUACAAAACAGUUGGCGUAUUCUGUUUUGGAGCUUUAUGUAAUGUAUUAGUGACAGAUGUUGCGAAAUACACAAUUGGAAGGCUCAGGCCACAUUUUUUCGAUAUUUGCAAGCCCGAUAUUGAUUGUAAUGCUGCUAUGUACAAACAGAAGUACAUAACAGAAUUCAUUUGCACGAGUAAAGAUAACACUUCGUAUUUAAAAGAUUCAAGACUUUCAUUUCCUUCAGGCCAUUCAUCAUUUGCUGCUUUUACAAUGGUUUAUUUAGCGUUAUAUUUGCAAGUUCGAUUCCAAUGGCAGGGAUCAUUUUUACUGAAACGCUUCUUUCAAUUGUGCUGUGUAAUUAUGGCAUGGUGUACUGCCCUUUCGAGAGUAUCUGAUUAUAAACAUCAUUGGAGUGAUGUUCUCGUUGGACUGUUUAUUGGAACAACAGUUUCAUUUCUAACAGUUCUUUAUGUAUCACAGUUAUUUGAUAAGCAUAAGACUCCAUUUAAUUUUCACCAGAGUGGAGCGGUAUCAUCUGCUUCUAACCAAGCAAUGGUAGAAAAACAAGAUCUUACAAUCCAGGAUGGUGUACAUGCAGCACCAGUCGAAUUCAACCUCAGAAAAUGGCAAAAUGCCAAAUCGUAUCUGACUGACACGUACAACGAGACCAGGAAAACCCGGAUGACAGGGACUAUCAAGCAGCGCACAAAUAUUUCUUAGUAAAUUUUCAUUCUGUUAAUUAAUAAUUUAACUAAAAAAUAAACUUCACUGAACACAAAAUAAAAUAAAUGUUAAUAGCCUGUAAAAAUGUGCUUGCGUCAAACAGUAUUGAUUUGAUAGCUAAAUAGUUUGCGAAAUGUGAUUCCAAAAUUGUCUCUUAAUUCUGAAAAUUUUUGUCUUAUGAUUUUUAAGUGAGAAACCCUUUAUGUUGCUGACAAGUUGCAGAAGGUUUAAAGUGAAAAAGUGUAUUGACGAUUUCCUCAAUAGGAAAAAAUCUGUGAAACAGAUUAAUAAAUGAAUUACUUUGUUGUAUUGUAAAUUUUAAUUACAAACACACUUUACGAUACAAAAACUAACUAUGUGAGUUCAAUAAAUUGAGUAUUGCUUUGUUUUUACUUUUGCAUCACGGCAGUUUGUAAUUAAAGAUUAACUUUUCUUUAAGGUUGGAAGGUUAAAAAUAGUUUAUGUUAAAGCGGUUAUUUAUUUAUCAGUAGUUUUUGAUCUUCAGUUGAAAAGUACUUACGAACAAAAGCCAUGGACAUGGGUUGAAUGAACGUUUUUUGGUUGUCACUAAGUCAAAAAUUGUUAGAUUUUCUCCGAGUACUCUUGCCAAUGGGUAGGAGCUGCGAAAAAAAAAUUAAGUAAUUUAACUUUUUUCAAUUUAGUUUUUUGCCUUUGUUGUGCAUUUAUUUCAAGGAAGUCUAAGAAAGAAAAAAGUAAGCAGGAUUGUAUUAAAUUAGCUCCUCACCGAAGAUGCAAUGCCGAAAUGUAUUUGAAUACUCAAAAACUCGCGAGUAGAGAUAGACCCUGUGUCAGUUCAACAUGAGUUCACCGACUUGCAGACCAAAACACGAUCGGUUACUUUAAUUGAGAUUAGCUUAAAAGUUACAAAAAUCAAAAGCCGUUUCCAGUAAAGUAGGCCAAUAAACAUUUUUAUUGUAAAAAAAUUAAGUUUCUAUUUAAGCACCCUUUAAAACCCUUAAAUGCAAAUUUUCAAAGCACUACAAAAGCAAUCAUUUUUUGGCUGGAUUCGCCAAAAAUUAAGAAAAACUCGAAUGUUUUAUUUUAUAUCCGGUUCUAAUUUUUCUAUGGAGGCCAAGUUUAAGCCAUUACGUUCAGUUUAUAUGUUUCUAAAUUCCUGUAAACUUCUCAUAGAUUGGUGGAGUCAUAUAAUAAUUUUUGUGAUUUUUGAGAAAAAAUCAAAAUAUUUGUUUGGAUGAUAAAAGAGUGAAGAAAAUUUUUUCUCUCUCUCUCUCGCUCUCGCUCUCCCUCUCCCUCUUCCAGAAAAAUAGCCAAUGUAAAAGUAUCAGCUCCCAUCACUGGAUUGGGCCUAGUGGCAAGAACGCUCGGACAUCUGUCUAAUAUUUUUUGACCUAGAAUCAACAAAAAUUGUAUAACGUGCUGUAUAAGUGUAUAUAUGGUUUUAACUUUUGCCAAGUUUAACAGUCAAACAGAUUUAUUAACAUAAAAAGUAAUUACAUGGUAUUUUCAAAGUAUAUAAAAUGCCAAUUAUUGAUAUCAAAUUAAGUUGUCUUUGGUGUUGGAAUACUCAAAAGUAUUAGAUUCAUACUCACUACAUAAUUAAGGCUAGUUUCUGCUAAAUUCAACUUAUAUUUAUGUUAUUGUUUGUACCAUGCUUUGAAUAAAUAAUUAAUUAAGGGCAACUCUGCUAAACUGUGUUGCAUCUAAUUUAAACAUUUGAUUUUAUCUUGGUUUAACAUUAUUUAUUAGAUUUACACAAUGUAAAAAUUUUUUUAUGAAACG